AUGAUCCAGGAGCGGCCCGUCACGCAGAUCGUCAACCUACACAGCAUCGUCGUUCGGAUUCAGCCGACCACCAGGAACGGCGAACACGAGAAGGAGCACGAGAAAGACCACGACAAGGAACACAGGAAAGAAGCCUGCUGGACACGAUCUAUGCAUUUGGAUGGCUUCCGCGGCGUUCACGCUCGCUGUGGCUGCUUGUGUCUGAUGAUUCUCGCCAACCAGACGCCGACGUCCAAUGCGCCGUGGCUAGCGAUUGAGGACGCGGAUCGUCGAUGCGAAGAAGAUCACAUAACCACACAGUUCCAGUUGGAGGACAAUUGCGGAGACAAUGCCGACACUCCGGUGCCCAAUCACGAUCAGUCCACGAGCAUCGAAGCUCAACACAUUGGUUCUAUCGUGAACAAGCUGGAAGACAAUCGCGGGAACAACACCGAUACUGCGAUUCACGAACAAUGUUUCCUGAAAGAUCUCAUGCUUCGCUUCAUGCCGAAUGCGGAGCUCGAAUCGCUCUUGCCACACUCAAUUUGCACCUCAUCGAAGAGGGUCUGCGCCACUCCGGCUUGGCUUCAGAUGUUCGUGAUGCAGUACAACAACGGGAAGUAUGGCAGAAAGAGCUGA